AAAUACUUUCAUUACUAAACAAAGGGUCAAACGGAAUAAUGUAAUUGAUAAAUCAAAAUCAUAUUUAUACUCCAACAGUAUACAUCUGAAUUACUUAUUUUGCCAUUCAUUAUAGUGGUGAAAAUCUUAACCGACAACACGCUCGUAACUUUAAAUUCUUAUAUUAUAUUUUGCUAGAUUUUGUUUGUUUUCUAACUAUUUUCAGGACAACAUGGCAUAUUUGAAUAAUGGGACGUCACAUAUUCAUCUAACGAAUAAUAGUUCAUUAAUGUAUUAUAUAUCAAUUAUAGUUGAUAUAGGAUCGGCAUUUGGUAUUCUAGUAAACUUAGUAGCAUUUGUUUUUAUACUAUUUGGUAAUAAAGUGAAAAGUGCAAAACAAAAAUUACUUCUCACAAUAUUGACUCUGAAUAAUGCAGCUGCUUUGAUUGCUCUGCUUUGUGCACAAUUAUUGUAUCAAUUAAGCCCUACAGCAUCUAAAAGUCGAUAUUACUGCGCAUUAUACGUUGUCAGUCGUAUGUUUGGCAUAAAUGGAGGUUGCACUGACGUUGUCAUAGCGAUAGACCGCUUUUUCGCGAUAAGAAACCCGAUUUUUUAUUCCCACCGAAUUACAACAUCUACGAUCCGAAAACGGCUAUGUGCAAUACUUUUGCUGGCUUCUUUAUUCACUUUAGCCCCUUUAAUGGGUCUAGGCGCAUACUACAACGCAGAAAAGGAGACUUGUAUAAGUUUCAACGGUGCUACAAAUGAUUUAGACUACGCGUAUGGUAUAGCAUUUGUAAUUUUUGGUUUUUCAAUAUGCAUAACCCUAGUGUUAUGUAACAUAGGUGUAGUUACAACAUUAUCUAAAUAUACCCUAAAUAAGAAAAGUAUGAAAUCGGCUGAGAAACAGGAGGUGGUGUUCAGCAAACUUAUUGUGGCCAUAUCCAUGAUAUUUAUUAUAUGUUGGUUACCGCAUUUGAUCACAGAUGCCCUGGACCUGGCACUUGAAGAUAUAAAGAGUUUAUGGAAUUUCAAAAAAAUCGCCAAUCUGUUAAUUCUAUUAAAUUUUAUAUUAAGUCCUAUUAUUCAAAUGUUUAUGCUGAAAUGAGAUAUAAACAAUAUGUUAUUAAAUAUAAAUCAAUAAAAUUUCGCUUUAGAAUAGAUUUGUAUUAUGUUUAGCAUGAAGUUGCUUCAUAGGAAUUGGAAUAAUAUUUAAAUAUAGAUCAUAUUAUUUAUUUAAAAACCUUUUUUAAAACCAAAAUUCCACUACUCAACAGUAGUGGUAUCAACAGACGAAUUGCCUGAUCCAUGGAUCCCGGUCACUGAAAUGGAAUGAGUGGAAUUAUAUUUAUGGGCCUGAGACAAAAUAUAUGGAAACAGUUUUCGUAUACGGUUCGAUGGUCUGUUUUUUUAAUGUUUCAUAAAUAUGUAUCACUAUAUACCGAAUAAGUGACAGUUUAACAUGGAUUCAUUUAACAUCUUGAUGAUUUUUGUGUCUGUACUAUAGAAUAAACCUACCGCUCGCGCUGUCUCCCAGAGUAGUGGCAUCCUGAGGUGCGCUAGAAGAUAGCCUUGUAUUGUUCUUCGCUUUCCAUAUGCUGUUGAUAAAAAAAUAUAUAUUAAAUUCAAA